GGGUGUUGAUCUAUGACGGAGAAAGCUCGUGGUCACUUGCCUACAAAAGAUGAUUAUUACGCUACUAUUUCCGAUACGAGUAUGAGCGGGAAAACCUUGAUAUCGUGUAGAGCAGUGCACCUUGUGCUCACAAUCCUCGCGAUUCUUGUGGCUUUAGCUGUGACAUUUCUGCUGACGUACUUCCUCACCAAAAAUCAUUUUAAACCCAAGGAGAAUAAAGAGAAGGAGGAAGAAGAUGAUGAUGGGCCUACCGCAGCCGAACUCCGCUUGCCGAGAUCUGUAUGGCCGGUUGAAUACGCUCUAACUCUCAAAACUUUUGUGCCUGGAUAUGUUGAGUUUCCUCAAGAGAAGGACUUCAAGUUUGAUGCUACAGUCGAGAUGAAGCUUAACAUCACAGAAGCCGUAGAUAAAAUUGUGCUGAACAUGAAGGAUAUCAAAAUUCAUGACAGUGAUUGUAAGCUUACAGCGGAUGGCCGAGAAAUUUCCAUCAAAUCUAUAACACCGCAAGAGAGGUUGGAAAAGGUCGAAAUACUGUCAGCUGAAGUUCUUCAAGUAGGCAAAGAUGUGACGUUAAAGCUAGUGUACACUGGAGAUAUCAACGACAAGUUAUAUGGGCUCUAUCAAACAAGAUAUUUUGAGGAUGGAAAGGAAAUUGUGGCCGCCUCCACUCACAUGGAACCGGUCAGUGCUCGUCUCAUGGUGCCUUGCUUUGAUGAACCAGAAUACAGAGCAAAGUGGAAGGUUAUUGUUACCCAUCCUAAAGGAACUAAAGCCAUAUCAAACGGAAUAGAAGAAAGCGCGGAGCCUGAUGGAGAUUGGAUUACAACCACAUUCCGACAAACGCCCUCAAUGUCCUCGUAUUUGAUUGCGCUCAUGGUUUCUGAAUUUGAAUAUGUGGAAGGCAUGACAGAAUCUAAUAAGCGGUACCGUGUUUAUGCAAGAAAGGAAGCAUCUCAGGCAAAGAUGACAAAUUAUUCGCUAUCCGUAGGAAUUAAAUGUUUGGAUUACUAUGACAAACUCUUUGGUAUUCCUUUCCCCUUGGAAAAACAAGACAUGAUUGCACUUCCCGAUUUCUCUGCUGGUGCUAUGGAAAACUGGGGAAUGGUUACGUACAGAGAAAACAGCCUUCUCUACGACAAAAAACUGUACGGGCCUGAAAACAAACGAAGGAUUGUUCAGAUAGUGGCGCAUGAACUUGGACAUCAGUGGUUCGGUGACUUGGUAACGAUGAAAUGGUGGAACGAUCUGUGGCUUAACGAGGGAUUUGCCUCCUAUGUUGAGUUUUUCGGUGCGGAUGAAAUAAGCAAUAAGAAAAUGAAACUGCCAGAAUAUUUCUUACUUGACCCGUUGACAAAAGGGUUAGAACGUGACUCUGUCUCUGCAAGCCAUCCACUUUCAUUCAAAAUCGACAAAACCAAUGAAGUUUCUGAAGCUUUCGACUCGAUCUCAUACGACAAAGGAGCUGCUGUACUGAAGAUGAUAGCGAAUAUUGUUGGCGAAGACAACUUUUUCAAAGCUAUUAAGUUUUAUCUCGAGAAAUACAAGUAUGGUAAUACUGAAGCGGCCGACCUCUGGAGAGCAUUCGACGAAGUCGAUAUAAAAAUUGAAGGUCCCGAUGGUAAAAUGACGGUUUUCGACUAUGCUGAUCAGUGGACCUCUCAGAUGGCAUUCCCAAUUGUCAUCGUUAGUAAGUCAGAUGACACGCAUGUGAAACUUACUCAAAAGCGGUACUGUAAAACUCCGAACUCCCCAGAUCCGGAAAAAUACCGGAACCCAAAAUAUGGAUUCAAAUGGGACAUUCCUAUAUGGUACAAAGUGGGCAGUGGAGAAGAGAAAUUUGAAUGGCUGAGCAGAGAAAAGCCGCUCUACCUUGACAUCACCGAUGCAGCGCAACCAGUCGUCAUCAAUGUUAAUCGAACAGCCUUUUAUCGACAGAACCAUGACAGUGAGGGUUGGCAAAAGCUGUCAAAACAGUUAAGCACAAACCAUGAGAUAUAUAACGCGAUGACAAGAAAUGGCAUAAUCAGCGAUGCCUUCGCAGCUGCUCUGAUUGGCGAAGUUCCUUAUGAGACCGUCUUCAAUCUAAUAAAAUAUAUAAAAAAAGAGAAGGAGUAUCUUCCUUGGCAAGAAGCAAUAAACGGUUUUGCAUCUGUACUGAAGUAUUUUGGCACUGAACCGGAGGCUGAGAAUGCGGAGAAAUUCUUCCGCGAUUUGCUCAAGCCGGCCUAUGACAGCACCAACCUUACUAAAAUAGCGAAAAAUUAUGAGGAAGACACAGACGACAGUUUGUUUUAUCAAGUUCUGUUCGACAAGACGGUAGUAGAAGCUUAUUGCUCAUUUGGAUCGCAAGAGUGUGUAGAUAGUUAUGCAAAACUUUUCCAAGAAAAAGUCGUUCAAUCUUGCAAAAAUCCAGGUGAUAAAGCUAGUGUAUGUUCCAGCGUUGCUGCACCACUUCGUGCUAAAGCAUACUGUUAUGGAGUAAGAGAAGGUGGAGAAGCCGCUUUCAAUAAAGUCUACGAGCUGUACUUGGCGGAAACUGUAGCUCUUGAAAAAGAUAUUCUCCGACGUGCACUUGGGUGCCAUAAGGACGUUCGAACUUUGAAAAAACUCUUGCAAUUGGCUCUGGACCAUGAUCCUUCCAUUGUCAAACUGCAAGACGUGGCAGAUGUCUUCAACAGCGUGGCCGCCAACCCAGCUGGCGAAGGAAUCAUGCUUGACUUCCUUCUUGAUCGAUGGGAUGAUAUCUAUUCUAAAUUUAUGCCGUGGCGCAGAGCUGUAGUUGCUGCCAUCAAGGCUGCUGCAGCUGGCAUACACUCACAACGCCAAAUCGAUCAGGUAAAGUAUCUGAGGAAAAAUGGCAAGCAUGCAAAGAAUUUUGGCGACUUUAAUACGGUGAUCGAAGAGGCGCAACACAAAAUUGAUUGGAAUGACAAGUAUUUCCAUGAUGUAGCAAAGUACUUUGAAGAGCAAGUACGAAAUCAAACAUCCAUAUUGGACAAAUGAAGAAUAUGUGAACUAUAGCACAUGUAUUUUUAUUGCUUGAUUUUAUGCUUUGGACAAAAAACUCUUUUCUUUAUUUUAUGUUGUGACGCUUCUUAUUGAUUUGUUGAUGUACUUCACGUUUCCUUUUAUGUUCUCAAAUUUUUGGCCUAUAUCUAUAAGACGACGACUCAUCGGCAUCUUACGCUGUAGAUGACGGAGUGGACUUUGAAAUAGACGUGAUUUUGAAGUUAUUGUGUCACAAUAAAGUUAUCUUCGCUUA